GUCAUUCGCAAGUCGCCAUCGAACACCGCCGCAUCAACACCGCCACAUCCUGUUACUUGCCGAGCUGGACACGCGUUGAAGUGGGCAGCAAAGUUGUGCAACGCAGUACUCACGAGAGGCCUCAGCUCGCGGCUUUAAUCUGCACGAUCCAAAUUCUCGACAAAGGUUGACUGUCUGACCAAAGUGGGUUGUGAAAUUCAUAAUCCGUUGCGGUCGCGGUACGGCAUGUUCUAAGAGUGGACAAGUGAUUCGUGUGCUUGCCGCAAGAGGAUUAGACUUCAAGACUUACCUGGUUUAUAUCCUGUAUUUGCCACCUCGUUCUUGUGCUCAACCUCGUUGAAAUAGUAUCGUCCAGGACAUACUGUAUGGCCAAGUCAACGCCCAUUCGUAUAUAAUUCCUACAAGACUCGCAUCAGCUGCAUUCCAGUCCGGUCCCAGCUCCCCGUUGGCCCCCUUGCGUCAAUCACGACAAUGGCCAACCCUAGCAAGGACGCAACCGAAUUCUCUACCAGGAGACCAAGAGCUCCCACCAUCACCAUCGACACUACGGCUGUGAACCCCGGCGCGAUUCAGGAAACAACCAACCUUGAGGCUGCGUCGGCAUCCCGACAGUCCCCAAUUUCGCCUGCCGACGAUACCAUAAGUCCUACGACUCUGGACCCCUUGACACAGAGCUGGACUGGUUCGGACAGGACCAACAUGCACUCGAUUAGCUCGAGACCCGACUUGCAGACGGUGCCGUCGUUUGACAGUAGGGACAGUCGCCCCACGAGCCCUCACAAUGUCUCCAGCCCGGUUACCUCACGAGGCAAUGAUCGCAACCAAAAUUUCCUCUCUGUGCCACCAAACCAUCGGUCGAGGCAGAAUUCAGUUGAUAGCGAAGAUGGCACCCGUUCAGUCGCGUCUUCCCAGGGUGAAACUGUCGCGGCCUCGUGGCAAGGAGACAAGGGCUCCCCUUUCCACGACAACGAAAACAUCAUGAAGGACCCGGAUGCGCUAAAGCCUGACGCCGGUAAAGAGGUCGACUUCGUAGUGGAAAACAACCCUUUCGCUUUCAGCCCUGGACAGCUCACCAAGAUGUUUAACCCCAAGAGUCUCUCUGCUUUCUACGCCAUGGGAGGGCUUCGUGGUAUUGAGAAGGGACUUCGCACCAACCGGGAAACUGGUCUGAGCAUAGACGAGAAACACAUGGACGGUGCGGUUUCAUUCGAAGAAGCCACCAAGAAACACUCGAAACUUGCGAACGAAGGGGUAGACAGCCCGCAAACGCCAGUCCACCGGUCAAACACGGGGGGCGGUAGUCGAGAUGCCUCCUUCAGUGAUCGGAAGCGUGUCUUCGCAGACAACACACUGCCAGAGAAAAAGGGCAAAAGCUUCCUGCAGCUAGUCUGGAUCACCUACAACGACAAAGUGUUGAUUUUGUUGUCCAUUGCCGCGGUCGUUUCGCUUGCCAUUGGUCUGUAUCAGACAUUAGGUACUCAGCAUGACUCCGAACAUCCAGGUGUCGAAUGGGUCGAAGGUGUGGCUAUUAUUGUGGCUAUUGUCAUCGUUGUGCUCGUUGGAUCUCUGAAUGAUUGGCAGAAGGAACGCCAAUUUGCCAGACUAAACAAGAAGAAACAAGAUCGGGUCGUGAAAGCAAUUCGCUCGGGCAAAACUGUCGAAAUUUCUGUUUUCGAUAUUCUUGCUGGCGAUGUCAUUCACCUCGACCCUGGUGAUCUAAUUCCCGUCGAUGGUAUACUCAUCCAAGGUUUCAACGUCAAAUGCGACGAGUCGCAGGCUACCGGAGAAUCGGACAUCAUUCGCAAGCGACCUGGAGAUGAAGUACUUGCCGCUAUCGAAGCGGGUGAGGACUUGAAGAAGGCCGACCCAUUCAUCCAGUCAGGUGCGCGAGUGAUGGAAGGUGUAGGUACAUUCAUGGUUACAUCGACAGGAAUCUACUCGAGCUACGGCAAAACGAUGAUGGCUUUGAAUGAAGAUCCCGAGAUCACGCCCCUUCAGUCCAAGCUUAACGUUAUUGCCGAAUACAUCGCCAAACUUGGAGGUGCCGCCGGUCUUCUACUUUUCAUCGUCCUAUUUAUCAAAUUCCUCGCCGCACUGCCGAAAAGUACCUUAACCCCCACAGAAAAGGGCCAGCAGUUCCUAAACAUCUUCAUCGUUGUCGUUACCAUCAUUGUUGUGGCUGUCCCAGAAGGUCUGCCUCUAGCUGUCACUUUGGCACUCGCGUUCGCAACGAAUCGAAUGCUCCGCGACAACAACUUGGUUCGUCAUUUGAAAGCUUGCGAGGUCAUGGGCAACGCAACCACGAUUUGCUCUGACAAAACCGGCACUCUGACACAGAACAAGAUGCAAGUCGUGGCUGGUACCAUUGGGACCAACCAUCGAUUUGGGAGCUCCGACACUAGUUCGGAAGCCACCCCUAAUUCCACUGUCUCCCCGCAAAGCGACUUGUCUACCAAGGAAUUCGCCACGCGUCUCUGCAAGGACGUGCAAGACCUGAUGCUCAAGUCCAUUUCUCUCAACUCAACAGCAUUUGAAGGCGAGGUCGAAGGUGUGAUGACCUUUAUUGGCUCCAAAACUGAGACAGCGCUACUCAUAUUCGCCAAGGACUUCCUGGGCAUGGGACCGGUCAGCGAGGAACGAUCAAACGCUAAGAUCCUGCAGCUUAUUCCGUUCGACUCCGGCCGAAAGUGCAUGGGGGUGGUAGUCCAGCUCGAGAACGGCAAGGCACGACUAUAUGUCAAGGGCGCGUCCGAGAUUUUGUUGGGCAAGUGCACCGAGAUACUUCGCGAUCCGGUUCAGGACGCAUCAAGCGUUCCGUUGACGGAUGCGAAUGACGAGACCAUCAAAGGCCUCAUCGAGAGCUAUGCCAACCGAUCGCUCAGAACCAUCGGUAUCAUCUACCGCGACUUUGAGAGAUGGCCUCCCAGAAACGCGCGCCGUGCCGAAGGCGACCGUAACGAAGUUGUCUUUGAAGAUGUGUUCAAGAAUAUGACAUUUGUUGGCAUGGUUGGUAUUCAAGACCCUCUCCGAGACGGUGUUCCCGGUGCUGUCAAAGACUGCCAAAGAGCCGGUGUUGUUGUCCGCAUGGUCACCGGCGACAAUAAGCUCACCGCUCAAGCCAUUGCUAAGGAAUGCGGUAUUCUGCAACCAGACGGUCUAGUCAUGGAAGGGCCUGAAUUUCGUAAUCUGAGCAGAGCCCAGCAGGAGUCAGUCAUUCCCCGUCUCCAGGUCCUUGCCCGUUCCAGUCCGGAAGACAAGAGGAUUCUGGUGCGCCGCUUGAAGGACAUGGGAAACACUGUUGCAGUCACUGGUGAUGGCACCAACGAUGCGCCGGCUCUGAAACUCGCUGACGUGGGUUUCUCUAUGGGUAUUGCUGGUACCGAAGUAGCAAAGGAGGCGUCCGCCAUCAUCCUUAUGGACGAUAACUUCAACAGCAUCGUCAAGGCUCUGAGGUGGGGCCGUGCUGUGAACGAUGCAGUCAAGCGAUUCUUGCAGUUCCAACUCACUGUCAACGUCACAGCUGUCGUCCUUACUUUUGUCACGGCUGUUAGCAGUGACACAGAGGCGUCCGUGUUGACCGCUGUCCAGCUUUUGUGGGUCAACUUGAUCAUGGAUACGCUCGCCGCCCUCGCACUUGCCACCGAUCCCCCUCAAGAGAGUGUGUUGGACAGAAAGCCCGAACCAAGAGGGUCUAGCAUUAUUUCUCCCACGAUGUGGAAGAUGAUCAUUGGGCAGUCAAUCUAUCAGUUGGCCAUCACUUUCUUGCUUUACUACGGAGCGGUUUCUAUCCUCGAUAUCAGUGAGAGCGUCCGCGACACCCUCGUCUUCAACACCUUCGUGUGGAUGCAAAUUUUCAACCAAUGGAACAACCGUCGUUUGGAUAAUAAGUUCAAUAUAUUCGAGGGUCUAACGAAGAAUUGGUACUUCAUUGCCAUCAACGUCGCUAUGUGCGGUGCGCAAGUACUGAUCAUUUUCUUCGGUGGUGAUGCGUUCAGUAUUGUCGGCCAAAAACCCCCACAAACCGGUGCCCAGUGGGCGAUCGCCCUGGUCAUUGGCUUUAUCUCCAUCCCCAUCGGCUCAGCGAUCCGCUGCAUCCCAGACAGUCUGGUGGUGAAGCUAGUCCCUGAAUUUAUCAAGCGCAGAUCCUCCAGACUUCCCGGGGUUACUGUCUCGGACGAAGAACGGUUCGACUACUAUCCGACAGCGCUCGCUGACGUUAGGGACGAGCUUGCAUGGCUCAAGAAAAUCAAGGGGGGUCGAGUCAACAACCUUACAUUUGCCAUGAAGCACCCGCGCGAAUUCAUGGCUGCGCAAUCAAAGAGCCCCUCGCAUUCCCGAUCAAACUCAAUCAGACCACCCCAAACUCCAACGCGCGAAGAUAGUUUUGGCUCCCCUGCACCAACUCCGGAUUCCAGAAAGCGGUCCAGAUCUAUGAGAUCUCGAUCAAACUCCGCUCUUGGAGCACCAACCGUCAUGGCAGGUAUCAUCGCAGGCAGUGUGGCAGCGGGUUGGUCUCCAGUUGACAGAAGCGGGGGUGAUAGUACAUUCGGUCAAUUCCCUCGCCCCUCGCCAUCGCCUUUGUCAAAUCAAGAUGGCGGGCUCCAACCUGCACCAGCAUUCACAGAGGAGCCUGAGGAUAUGGCAAGCCCCUCGGAUGUAUCAGACGUGCCACGGCUCAGUGUGCCCAAACCCCCUUCAGAAAAGCCGCCUAAAUCAGUUUCUUAGAAAGUAUGAGCGGGUUUGUAGUUUUGUUUAGUGCGUCGCAACUUGCACGAGGACGGUUCAGCCAAUGAAAUACACUUGGAGUUCAGCUUAGAGAUACUUGUACACAUUACUAAACA